AUGUAAAUUGNGUGCAUUUUAUUGAGUCAUACAUUUAGAGAAGAAAAUUAAAAUUGGUCUGCUUGUUAAAAGAUAAUUUAUAAUAUGUAAUUUUUGGGAAAACUUAGAGCUUUAGAAAUAGAAAAAAUAAACGAUAAAUAAUAAUAAUAGCUUUAAUAUAUCCAUUCUAUCUCAGAAGAACAAGGUUAAAGAGUAUCAUUUGUUUGUUAAUGUUUUUAUAAAUGCAUUAAGACCAUUGUAGAAAUUCGAGAAUCUUAGUAUUACAAAGUAAAGAGAUAAAUACAAUUAAUUGAGUGA